GGGAAGAGAAAGAGGGUGAAUGAGAGGGAGGGAGAGAGAGAGAGAGAAUACAUGAAAGGAGUUUACUGUUACACUGGCAUGCUAGCUUUAUUAGCUGAUGUAGAGAAACACCCGUCCCAGUGGAGAAAGUUUUGAGAGCCCGAAGAACAUUUGCCCCGCAGAAAAAGAAGAGCGCAAGAACCACGGGAGAAUAUAUACGUGUUAAACAGGAUUAAGGCAUUUUUGAACCUAGAUAAAGUAGUAGUAAAAAUAGUCCAACUGAGUGCGAAUAAAUCGCGAAGAUAAUAAGAGAUUGUGAUGGCGCCCACCGUGUCCCAGGCCCUCAGGCGGCGCUGGUGGAUGGCCGGCUCGGCGGUGGUGGAGAACCUGCUCUUCUCCGCGGUGCUCCUGGGCUGGGGCUCCCUCCUCAUCAUGCUGAAGCACGAGGGCUUCUACUCACACCUGUGCUCAGAGAACUCGACAGGGGGUGGUAAUGGCAGCGUGUGGCUGAGCGGGCAUUGGCUCAGCUGCGUGGAGCAGGAGGAGAUGCUGAACCUGGGCUUCACCAUCGGCUCCUUCCUCCUCAGCGCCGCCACCUUACCCCUCGGAAUUCUGAUGGACAAGUACGGGCCCCGCCCACUCCGGCUGGUGGGCAGUGCGUGUUUCGCCUCUUCCUGCGCCAUGAUGGCCAUUUCUGCAUAUAACCCUGCAGUUCUGUCCGCGCUCAUCUUCCUCGCUCUGUCCUUCAACGGCUUUGGAGGGAUCUGCAUGACCUUCACGUCACUCACGUUGCCUAAUAUGUUCGGCAGCCUCAGCUCCACCAUUAUGUCCCUCAUGAUCGGGUCCUACGCCUCCUCCGCGGUCACUUUCCCUGCAGUGAAGCUGAUAUACGAUGCGGGCGUGUCCUUCCGGGUGAUCAUGUGGGUGUGGGGUUUGCUGGCCUGCCUCGUCUUCCUCAACUGCUUCCUCAACUGGCCUGUGGAGGCUUUUCCAACCCCUGACGAGAUCAGCUACAUGAAGAAGAUGAGGACGGGGGACCUGGCCCUCGAUCACAAGGUGUCGGGGGACACCUUCCAGAAUCACGUGACCUCAGUGGGCCAGCGCCUGAGCCAGGCGCUCGGGGAUGCGGACCACUCCUCCGAGCAUCUCCCCAAGGCCGCCCCGCCCGGCUCGGUUCCCUUCCGCAGGUCUGUCUGCUCUCCCAUCUUCCUGUGGAGUCUAAUCACCAUGGGGAUGACUCAGCUGCGGCUCAUCUUCUUCAUGGGAGCCAUGAACAAGAUGGUGGAGUUCCUGGUUACCCACGGCGACCCCAAUCCCCCAGAGCAUCUGAAGAGAGAGGCCGAGGAGAAAGUGGGAUUCUACUCCACCGUCUUUGGCACCCUGCAGCUGCUCUGUUUGGUCACCUGUCCCCUGAUUGGCUACAUCAUGGACUGGAAAAUGAAGGAGUGUGAGGUGGAGAAGGGCCCGCUGACGGAGGGAGAGAAGAGACCCCCUGCCUCCCCAAAGAGAGAUGGAAAAAUCCAGAAAAUCACCAAUGCCAUGAGGGCCUUCACGUUUACCAACCUGCUGCUGGUUAUCUUCGGGAUCAUCUCCCUGAUAGACAACUUACCUGUACAGCUGGUCACCUUCACUCUCCACACCGUGGUGCGCGGAUUCAUCCACUCCUGCUGUGGAGGCCUGUAUGCUGCUGUGUACCCCUCUAAUCACUUCGGGACCCUGACGGGGCUCCAGUCCAUGAUCAGUGCUGUGUUCGCCCUUUUCCAGCAGCUGCUCUUCAUUGCCAUGGUGGGCCCAUUAAAGGGAGACCCCUACUGGAUCAACCUGGGGCUGCUCAUCUUCUCACUGGCUGGGUUCCUGUUGCCCGGAUACCUGUUCUACCUCCGUAGAAACCUCGUCCGAGAGAAGGAGGAGAGAGAGAAGGAGGCCGUGGACCACUCGGGGCCCGAACGGGAGGCUCUGAACCAGUAUGGCAAACACCAUAGCAACGGCCAUCUUUCUCAGGAAGCUUAACGUAACAUAAAAAAUAUAAGCAUUAUGUGACUGAAAAAAA